AUGGACAUCAAUUCAUUGCUUUCCCCGGACUCGAAUCCACAAUCGGGGAACUCGACACCGGUGUCCGGUCCUACGUCGAACAACACAUCGAACCCGGCUGCCGGGCCUUCCCCCCACAAGGCAGUUCGACGGACGCGUUCAGGUCAUGGUCGCAAAGGCAAGACAUCCUCGCCUCUUGCACAGCAGGUCUACGUUCCUACCGGACUGCCUGAAUCUUCGCCGCCCGCUUCCAGUCCGUCUACUGGACCGAACGCAAGUACUUCCGGUAAUGGGACUUCCUCUGCCACCGACCGGCCCCCAUCGAGACAGCCCUCUACUGGAAUGGACACACUGGCAGACCUGGCCUCAAUGCAGCAUCAUCAGCCGCCGCCGCAGCAUGCGCAGCAUCCCCAGCAUACCGCGCGCCAGAAUCCACCCAACAUGCUGAGAAAUCCCGGGUCCUACCAGAGCCAAUUGUCUCCGUCCACCAUCCACCCACACGUGAACCCAAUCAACCAUAACACUCCCACCCCUCGCACAUCGUUCGACCUGGCUAUGGCGGAAGGCCCGCGGGAAACCGCGCGGAGGAAUUACGUACAGACGUCGUUGGAACCCGAUGCGCAGCUGUUGGCGACCGAGCUCUUCAACAAAAUCCAGGAGAAUCCCCACACCUACGAGGCACAUGUCCAGUUUAUUGGGUUGCUGCAUGCGGGCUUCGUCAACCACGUAUACCCGCCCAACAAUCCGGAUAUCCAUGGUGACCCCCGCCGGUAUGAUCUUCUCAAAGAUAUGAGGACUGCCCGUGAGGAGAUGGACAAGCUUUUCGCCAUGGGGGAGGACCUCUGGGCCGAAUGGAUUCAAGAUGAGAGCAUGCUUGCGCAUUCGGUAAUGGAACGCACUUCUGUGAUGGAGCUAUGCCAGCGGUCAGUUGAAGAAGAAUUCGGCUGCACCAAGCUUUGGCACAUCUAUGGCGAAUGGGUGUUGUAUUUGUACAAUGCCGCAGCUGGCGAACAUGGAGCUGGCCAGUGGACUGAAGAAGACCGGAUCAUUGGACGAGAAGUGUUCGCUUGGCAGACGGUCUUGGACGUGUGGCAGCGAGCCGCGGAAGCGACACAGUGGCGGAUUAAUAACAGCCACCUCGUUUGGGAUCGAUUCCUGGAGCUCUUAACCCAGGAUCUGACUCAGGCCCCGUCUCAGGAGAAAAUCAACCAUCUGCGAGGCCUGUAUGAGGUGCGGCUGCAGACUCCUCAUGCGACUUGGGAUCAGACGUUUCAAACCUUCUCAGGAUUCAUUUCUACUUACUUCGAGGCCAACUAUGAGGAGAUCAUGUCUGAGACAGUUGCCCAGGCGUCAGCUGCGAAGAACUUCUACGCCGCGCGGGAAGAAUUUGAGCAGCGGCUCAGCAAAGUGCAGGAGUCGGGGGAUAAGGCCCUUGAAUGGACACUAUACAGGGAGUACAUUGAUUGGGAGGUCAGUCGUAAUCGCCGCCGACGGGAAUUCCACUUUGAGCUCGUCAAUGCGGUUUACCAGCGUGCCGUGCUGCGCUUCCCGACAGAUGUCUCUUUGUGGGAGGACUACAUCAUGUUCCUCAUUGGUGAAUCCAUGCAUGGCCAUGCCUCCACUACGACUAUUGCAACCCUUGACCGCGCGACUCGCCACUGCCCUUGGUCCGGCAACCUUUGGUCCCAGUACCUCCUGAGCUCGGAACGAGAAGGACAGUCUUUCUCUAAGAUCUCUGGCAUCAAGCACAGAGCCACUAGCACGGGUCUGCUGGAUGCCGGAGGCCUGGAAGAGGUACUGAAGGUUCACACCACAUGGUGCAGCUAUCUUCGUCGACGUGCCUUCCUUUCCGACUCCACCGACGAGGAUUUGGAUGUGGCGGAAGUCGGCAUUCGCUCGGCAAUUGAGAGUGUGCAAGAAUUGGGCGAGAAGAAGUAUGGCCGAUCGUAUCAGGGAGACCCCCUAUUCCGCCUGGAGCGUAUCUAUAUCCGCUACCUCAGCGAAAGUGGCAGUUGGGAUAGUGCGCGCGAGACCUUCAAGGGCCUCGUUCCUCGCCGGGGCGACAGCUACGAGUUCUGGCUAACCUACUAUCACUGGGAGCUGAUCUGCUGGAGCAAGUUUGUGCAGGGCGAGGCAACUGUGGACGCUGCCCGACGCACCCCCAAUCCCAGCUAUGCAACUGCGGUCCUCAAACAGGCCAUCAAGCGGGAAGAUCUUGAUUGGCCAGAGAAGGUAGUGCAGACCUACAUCGCCCACUGCGAGGAUUAUGAGGACUCGGAUGAGUUGCAACUUGCUGUGAUCGAGACUAGGAAGGCCAUGCGAGCUGUCACGGCUCGGAGGGAACGGGAAGCACAUGAAGCUGCAGCAGCACAGCAACAGCAACAGCAGCAGCAGCAGCAGCAGCAAUGGGAAGCCACUGCCGAGGCUUCUUCUUCGUCCGAGAAGCGAAAGCGUGGGGACGAAAAGGAUGCGAAUGGUCAGCCCACUAGCAAGAAGGCGCGCGGUGAAGAGGUUGGCCCGGAGCAAGAAGCUGAGCCUCAGCCCCUCGCCCGCGACCGGGAGCAUGCAACUGUGUUGGUUAAGAACCUGCCGCGAGAGACCACUGAACUUAGUGUCCGGCAGUUCUUCCGCCAUGUCGGAACGAUCAACGGUGUCAAGAUGUUACCUGAACCGGACGGAAGCUCUGAGGCUGCGAUUAUCGAGUUCGAGACAAAGGAGGAAGCCCUGGGGGCUUUGACUCGCGAUCAAAAGACCUUCAAUGGGAAUUCCAUUGAAGUGAAGGUCGAGUCUGAUGCUACCUUGUGGAUCACAAACUUCCCUCCGACUGCCGACGAGGAGUAUAUGCGCAAUCUCUUCCGCAAGUACGGCCACAUUGUCGAUAUUCGCUUCCCUUCGCUCAAGUUCCAAACCAGUCGUCGUUUCUGCUAUGUGCAGUUUGCUACUGCCAGUGCAGCACAUCAGGCGACGGAGCUCAAUGGUACCGAGGUUGAGAACGGCCAUCAUCUUGUUGUGAAGAUCUCCGACCCGUCUCAGAAGGAUAAGCGCAGUGGAGCAAUGCAGGAAGGGCGUGAGAUCUUCUGCAAAAGUUUUGACUGGAAGCUCGAGGCGAGCGAUGCUCGAGAGGCAUUUUCGAAGUUUGGCACAAUCGAAAAAUUCCACCUUCCACUAAACGUCGACGGCUCACACCGAGGAUACUUUUUUGUGACCUAUUCUUCCAAGGAAGAGGCGGAGGCCGCUCUCGCGAUGGACAAAGAAACCCUUGGGAGACGCCAGCUAGCCGUUACCUUGAGUGGAAACACCGGCCCUAAACGCAUAGCUAGUACCAUCAUCUCGCAAGUCGCCUCGUCCGCAUCACCGCCUGCGGAGGCGAACGGGGCGACGUCAGGUGUGGUAGAAACGGUCGGCGGCCGGUCGGAACGUACUCUUGCCUUGAUGAAUGUGCCCGAUACUGUCAACGAUGCUCGAGUCCGCGCCUUGGUUGAACCGUUCGGACGGUUGGUUAAGAUUGUCCUCCGACCGGAUCAUCAGGGUGCCAUUAUCGAGUAUGCCGAUGUCCAUGAUGCUGGUAAGGCAUCUUUGGCACUCGAGGGCAAGGAAAUUGUCCCGGGACGGCCGCUCCAUAUCGGCAGUGUUGAGGAGUUGAAGAGGAUGCACGCAGAGAUGAAGACGGACCGGAUCACCUCGAUCAAGCGGGAGAAGCCGAACCCCUCCCUCCAAUCUGCGGGCCCCAUCAAGCGCCCUCAGCAGCCAGGCACCCGCGGCGGCCGCCGAGGGGGUCUAGGUGUUAAACGAGCCCCUGUCGCACCCAUCUCUACGUCCGGUGCGGCUUCGGACAAGGCCCAGAUGGACACUACUGCUGACGGCAAGGGCGGCGAGAGUGGCCAGUCCAAAAAGAGCAAUGAUGAUUUCCGUGCGAUGCUCGAACAGAAGCGCGCGGAGUGA